UUAUGACUAGCCGCCCGUGCGGUUAAAGAAAACCCUGAAACCAGGAUUGUUUUUAGAGCUACCCAGUCCCUGUCCCUGCUGUGCCUCAUGAAUUCACUAAGCAGAUUUAUAUUAGGCACAGGCGGUUAGGUCUGGUCCUCCCCCUACCCAGCGCGCAGAGUGGCUGUGCCCGGAGGUCCCGCCCCCACCACGUGGGCCACGCUUUCCGCUGCUUGCGGGAGGUUUUGUUCUGGGAGCGGAGUGGCCUGCAGUUCGGAGCUCGCAGAGGGGUCGUCCGCUGCUCCGUGGCCGCAUCUCCACCCUGUUCCCGGGCCGGCUUCCAGGCACCAUGGCUUCCCGCGGGAGGAAGCGGAAGGCCGAGGCGGCGGUGGUCGCGGCAGCUGAGAAGCAGGAGAAGCUGGCUGGCGGCCAGAAGGAGGUGGAGGAGGCGACGGUCGUUAUCGAGCAUUGCACGAGUUGACGCGUGUACGGGCGCAACGCCGCGGCCCUGAGCCAGGCGCUGCGCCUGGAGGCCCCGGAGCUCCCGGUGAAGGUGAGCCCUGCCCAGCGGAUGGGCAGCUUCCAGGUGACGCUGCUGCAGCCGGACAGCAGUGGUGCGGAGCUCGGGACUGGGAUUAAGAAGGGGCCCCCACGCAAACUCAAGUUCCCUGAGCCGCAAGAAGUCGUGGAGAAGCUGAAGAAGUACCUUCCGUAGGAGGCUUGGGCUGGAAUCCUCAUGCUGAGCUUUCUGUUCCUGGUGAUGUUGGAACAUUUAUGACGGGACAUGGCCAAACUACAGUUAUGUGCCUGAAGCUAUAGUUUCUUCCCCUGCAGAAUUGAUGGUUCAGUUGUGAGGCAACACUCUAGUAAGGCAUUGAAAAGUUCUUGGAUUUGGUUUAAUAAAAGUUGAAAUAAAGUUCUUGACUAAUAAAGUUAAAAUUAUAUGGUAAGGGAUGAAAGCCAACCUUA